UCAUUUUCUCCGCUCUAUAUCCUUUUUGGGGGGUGUUAAUUCACAAGUGCCCGCGAGAUGGCGACGACUAGUUCUUGGAGUCCUGGCUCUAACAAUAAACCACCAAGCCAGGCAGUCUCAGUUACUGUGCCACGCCCCAGCAUGCUGCAUUUUGAGCCCUACGAAAGCCAGAGAUUCUCCAGAGGCAGAUAUAUAGUUUUGGUGUAUCUACUCGUCGUGGUAUUACUACUCCUAGCCUUGGUACAGUGGGAACUAGUGUCUGGCCAUAAACCAUUUACCGAUUUCUUUUUGGCCAACUACUGGCUAAGUGCAUCCUGCAUGCUGAUCUCAGCUCCACUUUUAGCCAUAUAUUUGCUUGUUCGACGAGCUCGAUAUAUGCCAAUCCUUGGAUGGGUGCUUCUGUGCCUCAUUGUGGCUUACUGCCGUGAAUGGCUAUUUUUGUUAUAUUUCGCAAUAACUGCAAUUCUGGUGGCUAUCUCUGUGCUCAUUGGUUCCUUUAUCCCUUGGGAUUUGACUGCCAAUGUGGCUAUCCUUUUCCUGUUCAUCAUGUACCAUGCCCAACUGAUCCGAGGUUGGCGAUAUGCGGAACUGUACACCACCGAUGGUCUUCUUGCUGUGAUCGUUCUCUUCUGCCACUUCUGCAUUAUCCUGAUGGUUUUUUGCUUCUUGGACUUUCAUAAACCAAAGGAUGUCGGUUACUAUGAUUGUUUGGGAGAAGCACUCAGCUUUUUCGCCCGCCGCGCCAUGAUACCAAUUACUCAACUGUCAUUGUCAAUUUCUUCUUUUUUUUUGGGUCAGACCACUCAGGACGUCAGGCGCCUGCUAAGCCUACUCGUCGACAUUAUAAUAACAUCCAUCAUUCUGGACCAUACUCGAAUGACAACAACUGCCAAAGUAGCAGUGAAAUAA